AUGACGUCGUCAGGCUGGUUUUCUCUAAUUUUAUUCACCAAACAGGUCAAACCUGGAUACGUGCAGCGUGGUACGGAGAAGAGAGUUCGAUUCGAUUGCUCCCCGCCAGUCGUUCAUCUGAUCAAUAAUCAGCAGCAGCAACAGCAAGGCUCACGCGUAGACUGCCCUCCACCGCCGCCUCCCGCUCCCGGCCUGCCUGUACCUGCCCAAGGUGGUGCUGGUAAUAACGUGGAUAUAUUUCGUCAGAUCAACGCCCUGUUGGAAAACUCACUGGAUUUACGUGGAAUAGGUUCGAACCAGGGAGCAGGACCGGCCAGCAACGGGGACUUGGCCUGGCCAUGUAGAGUUCUUACCUUUCCAAGCCCAAGGAGACAGCAAGUACUUGGGAACACGCCUCAUUCUGAAAUGAGAGAUGAAGUACCACAUAUCAAUGCAAACCUGUUAGAAGCUGCUAGAGCCCAGAUCCAGUCGUCAUCCUCCUCCUCCAACACAAUGGAUGCCAAGAUGACGCUACCCCCCUCGAUCAGCACCUCUACAUCCCUACCCCCACCCCAAGGCUCUACCAACGGUACAGACUUCAUAUCUUUCCUCCCCAACGUUCCCGGCUCCCCGGUCUCCCAGACCACCUGGAGCUCCCAUCCCGUCUGCACCAACCCCAAAGAUGCAAUCACGCUCUCCAACAUCGACCGCUACCUCAGCGGAGGAGGGGUUCCGGACGAAGGAGCCAGCCACAUCGCGUCGAUGCUGGAGUCCUUGCCGGCCAGCAGCGUGGGCAGCGACCAGUAUCCAUCGUCCGUGAGCAGCGUCAACAGUCCCAGUUCAGAUUCUUCCGUGCUGUGGGAUCAUGUCUUCUCCCCCAUCAACCAGGCUGGGGGCGGGGCAGGGAAUAGAGACCUGAAGUGCCCAAGUCCCAGUGAUUCUGACAGCAGUGGAGUCAGCUCAGCUGGAUCCAUGAAUGAUGCCCAGCUGGCAGAAAGCCUCUCUCAAAUGAUGGGCAAUUUAAAUCUCACAGGAGACCCUGCAUUCCGAAACCCCAACACACAAAUGGGUCUCAACAUGGGUAUGCCUAACAUAUCGCCAGCAAUGCUUCUGCAGGGCGGGCUUCAGGGAAAUCUACCCGGAGCCUUUCCCAACAUGCCGUUCUCUCAGACUGGUCAGUCGGUGACGGACUCCAACAUGUACAGAGCCCUACCUCCUCCUGCUCUGGACUUCAACGAUCCCAACGUCCAGGCAUUGACCAGGCAACUCCUUAUGGAUCCGAAGUUGAACAGCCUUGAGAAGCUUUUUAAUGCCCUUCCAACUGAUCCUAGUAACAUUGAGAAGUUGGCUCGACUAAACAGACAGGCAGCAGCUAUCUGUCAGCCAACUUGUACAUGGAGUGGGCAGUUACCUCCUAAAGUGUACCGUAAUCCAACAUACUCCUGCAAAGUAUUCCUUGGUGGCGUUCCUUGGGAUAUCACAGAAGCUGGUCUGCAGGCAUCUUUCAAACCGUUUGGAUUGAUCCGAGUAGAGUGGCCGGGAAAAGAUGGCAAACAUCCAAGAUAUCCUCCUAAAGGUUAUGUGUAUGUACUGUUUGAAUCAGAGAAAGCAGUCAAGGCAUUGCUACAGUCUUGUACGCAUGAUGUGAGUGGACGAGGAGAGUAUUAUUACAAAAUUACUAGCAGGAGGAUGAGGAGCAAAGAGGUUCAAGUUAUUCCAUGGGUGUUGUCCGACAGUAACUACGUCCGCUGCCCCUCCCAACGUCUUGACCCCGAUAAGACUGUGUUUGUUGGUGCCCUUCAUGGGAUGCUUAAUGCGGAAGGACUAGCACACCUUAUGAAUGAUCUCUUUGGAGGGGUCGUCUAUGCCGGUAUCGAUACAGAUAAACACAAAUACCCAAUUGGUUCAGGAAGAGUGACUUUCCACAACACCAACAGUUACAUGAAGGCAGUAGCAGCAGCAUUUGUUGAAAUCAAGACGGCUAAGUUUACUAAAAAGGUGCAGAUAGACCCAUACCUUGAAGACUCCCUAUGUACGCUGUGCCACACCCAGCCCGGGCCGUUCUUCUGUCGAGAGACCACCUGCUUCAAGUACUUCUGCCGCUCCUGCUGGUUUUGGCAACAUUCCCUUUCUCAGAUCAGUGACCAUAAGCCUCUCAUGCGCAACACCAAGUCCAAGACCAAUGACCUAGUCUAGCUAGCUGACCACCACAACCAAAUCGGCUACGUCCAGUGCAAGGGUGGCCAACUAGUUUUUUAAAUCGAAGAGAUGAUCAUUGUUUUGUAAAAAAAAAAAUGUAUGAAAUUUUUUUCAAAAUGGAUUAAUGUUAUACCUUGAAUGAUCUGCUUACUCGGUUUUGGGUUAACAGGCCUACUUUUACAAUGUACUAGAUUGUAUGAUUUGAAAUUAUAUAGCAUGAAUUCAUGCAGGUCGUUGCAUUGCUUCUGCGCAAUUUGCAGGUGAAGACAUGGCUUAUGUGAUUUAAUCGGAUAAGGGCUGCAGUGUUUAUGAGAGACCAAUUAUUGAGCCUUUUUUUUUGACUGCCAUAGUUUAUUUUCUUGCCACUGAACUUUACAGAGUGUGCAUUUGUGAUAGUACAUGCUGGUCUAGAGGGAAAGUUCCACAGAACUUUGAGAUAAAAAAAUAUAUUUUCAAUGAUUUUUGCAUGAAAUGCGGUGGUAGCUUUAUCUUUACAUCCUCAUGAUUUGAUCCCCUCUUUCAAAAAGACGGUGAUAAUUUCAUGCAUUUUCUAAUCAUGAAUUUGGUGCUUGUAUGUUUUCGAUUUUGCAUCACGGCGGCUGACCUAUAUAUGGCUGCCUGGUGAGAUAGUUGAUCAAAAUGUCAGCUUGUGUUUUAUUUUUAACUCUGUACUAUAAACUUUAUUAAAGCUAUGAAGCCAUCUAAACACGUACUUCAAAGAUGCAUUUGUAUCUCUUGUAUCAUUGACCUAUUCAUGAAAUAGAAUAGAAGUUUAGAAAAGUAGGUUUGGACAUUUUCGUUUUAUAUGGAAUUAGAUUCUCAUCUAAAUGUCAUUGUAGUUUUGAACUUUUCAUUGAAUGUUGCACAAAUUAUUUGAGUUAGUCCCGCUUAAUUUUCACGUUCUUGUAAAUCAGUUCUGAUAUAAUCAUUUCAGCAAUUGUAGACGAUCCUUACACUGCUCUUGUAUCUAUGUUGCUCUGAAUCCAUGUGUCUGCUUAUUUGAAAUCAGUGUUGUAAUAUAUCAACUGCACUUUAAAUGUAGAGGUAUGAUUAUAUGUUCCCUCAUGAGUGGAACAGAUGGUUUAAAAUCAUAAAAAACUGUUCAUCUUGUCAAUGUGUAUAAAAUUGUUUCACAUAUAUCUGAAUGGCCUUAUCAUUAAUACCAUUUUCCACCAAACUGAAGUGCACUUAUAAAUGCAAACAUAUAUCUUGAUUAUUUAAUAUAGAAAAUGUGUCUAUUUUAUAGCAAACAAGUUUAUUACCACAAAUUGGACUAUAUCAUUAUAUUACACCCUAUAAGGGUCUAGAGAGCUAUAUAUUAAUUUAUUACAAACGAAAAAUGUCAACUAUAUUCUCUAUAUAUAAGUUUUAAGAAAUGUACUAACCAUGCCACUUAACAGAUUACUAUCAGUCAGUACGUAAUUAGUAGAUUUAAUUCUGACUUCGGAGGUUACAAUACUUAAAAUGAAAGAAAGCAAAGUGUUGUCUUUCAUGGGUAGAUGAGAUUAUGAUAUCUUUGAAAGAUAUUCCCAGUACUUCUUGAAUGUGCUAAUGUUAUAGUUUCAUUUUAUAAGCAAGAAAGCAGUAUAUCAUUCGAUAUUCAAUGAUUUAACAGUGAGAACGGGUUAAGUUACAGUAAAACACUUUUUGUAUUGUAUGUUGUUAAGUAGGGACAAAAUAUAUUGAAAACAAACAGUUUUAAGGUUUUUAUUUGGAAUUUUGAGCAAAACUGAAACUAUAAGCCACAGGAGAAUGAGGAAUAUUCCAUUGUUAUAUUUUUGAUAUUUGUAUAUGAUCUUAUUCUAUUUUUUGCAUACCAUUUUCAAUACAAAUUGAACAUUUUUUAGUCGAUCAUCGUGUACGUGUACAAGGUCUCGCAUUUUAGUAUUCCAGCAUAAAAUAAUUCCGGAUCUGAUGAAAUUUAUGAAUUCUGAAUAGAUUAGGAAGUUCAUGAAAGAUGUAUAUAAAGCUGGUAACAAAUGAAUUUUAGUAUGACCCUUGCAGCUAUCCUGUUACAGAUUGCUACUCCAUUUUUAUCUUGGUUGUAAUAAAACGAUAAUAGAUAAUUAUUUGAAAAAUCAACAUUUUAGAAAAUCAAUUACCUAUCAAUUACCUAAUGACAAGUGACAAUUUUUUCCUUUUUGGAAAUGAUUUGAUUUGGGAAGUGAUUUGUUAAGUGAUUUUAGAUAAAGGGUGGGGAAGAAACAUUUAAUUGAUUGAUUUUAAUAAUUGAUUAUUCAAACUGGAGGAAAGGGUUAAUUUUAUCACAAUUAAUAUUGAUGAAAAACAUACGGAGACAUGUACAAUUUUAAAAUCAUCAGCUGAUUUGAUUUAUAAAAGUAAAAUGGCAAAGUAUAAUUGUUUUAAAAAAUUUCUAAAUGUAUGUCUAUUGUCUAAUUAAUUUUUAUUGUGAUCAAAGCAGAGGAUGCCAAUAUUAAAUUUUUGGUUUUAAAUUUGUUUGAAAGUAGAGCAAAAUUAAGAUAUCAAAAAUUAAGCAUAAACAAUAAUGCAUUUUAGUUUAUUUCUAAUUUCUGAACGCUAAACUUUUAAGAAAUUUGAGUGAAGUUUAUCAAAACACCACGUUUUAUGCUAAGUUCUAUGUAUACGGAUGGAUAUGCCCCUGCUGACUUGGAAUUCCAUGACUAAGAUUGAUGAAAUAAGAUUGAAGAAUUAGGAUUGAAGAAUCACUUCCAGCACCAAAAUAUAUGCACUUAUAUUCUUCUUCAAAAUCAAACAAAAAAAAAAUAAUCACCUGCACAUCUUUAAUUUUUUUGUUGUUUAUAUUUUGUGCCUUGUAAGUGUUUUUUGAUAAGUGGAAUUGUAUUUUUUUGUGCGGAAAUCGAUUGUGUGGCAAUUGUUUGUGUAAAUGUCAGAACCUGUUAUAUUGAACAAAAUUUUCAUCUUUUUCCCCUUUAUUUUACAUGUUUUGUAUUUUAUUUGUGAUUUAUUCUCAGCUGAUUUCUAUUCCAUUUUCAUGUAAAAAAAUAGAUUUAUGACCCCACCCUGUUAAUCAAUAUGGAUAUAAAUCCUUGUGUAAGAAAAGUGUGUCCCAAGAUGCCAAGGCAUUCAUAUUUUAAGGAUUUAAUUUAAUUGUAAUUUGAAUACACUGUCAGAGUCUUUACUAAUUUAAUUCAUUUUUAUACAUCUUUAAAUGUACAAGGUCAGUUUAACAAAACCUUCAUUCACAAAAUAGUGAAAGAUCAUUAUACAUAAUUUACAUAUUUAGCACUCUUUAUAUUUAAAAGAAAAUUUUAUGUCAACUCGUCCAGCUUGUUUGAUUUUAGUUUCAACUUUGCAUAAUUAGUGAUGGUUUGGUAUCGGUUUUAUUGUCAUCAUUGAGAGUUUUAGUGUCGGGAAAGGAUUUGUUUAACAAAAGAAGCAAAUCAUUUCUUCUUCCCCCCCCCCAUUUGGGUUGUCUUUCUGUGGUUUUGAUUUUGGUGAUGGUUUAUAGUGCAUAUUGAAAUUGAAAAAAAAAAAAAAUAAAGGAAUAAUAGUGAUGCCCCCCAAAUUGCAGCGUAUAUGGACAAUUUGUCAUGUGCUGUCAAUUCAUAUUGUACAAGAUUGAAAAAAAACCCAGUCAAGUAGAAAUUGGCCAUUAUUGCAGUUGCAAAAUAAACAGCGCUCAUUGGUGCGUUAUAUCAUGCUUUAAGGAUACACAAAAGACAUUGUUCAAUAUAUUUGACAUUUUUAAAAGUUUUAAUUGCAAUCACUAAACCAGAAGAAAGGGAAUUAUAAAAGGACAGAAUAGAUUACCGUGACCAGGAGAGGCUGAAAUAUUCAGAAAGAUAAUUCCCUUACCUCUAUAUAUUAUCAUGUCAUAUGGGUGUAGCGAUACAUGUAUACUCCCUUUUGCUUGUUUUUACAGAUUUGUUAUGACAUUUAGCAUUUUCAGUAUCUCGAACUUUAUCAUCAUAUUAGUGCAUGCAUGCAAUCUGAUAACUUUUCACUUCAUCCAUCCUGAAUAUCCAUUCAUCUGUCAUUCAGUUGCUUUAUAGGAAAACAUAUUGUAUUUUAUACCAGUUAACUCUUGUAUUCUAAGUGCUACAUUAUUACCCUUUUUUUAAGUUUUGAGUUAUUUUUUAAUUGAAGUAUCAUCACUUUGACUUUUUUUAAAGAUGUAAAUGACUUGCCUUAUCAACACAUUCAGCUAAAAAUGACACCUACAGUAUUUGAUUUCAGUUUUUGCACAACACUUGAUCAAAAAUAAGCUUGGUCUCUCAAUUUGUAUUCAAUGCGGGGUAUGAAUUCCUACCAUAAAUGUCUUAAAUCAAUUCAUGCGUUAUAUUAGGAGGAAUGAGAUACUACAAAUGGAAUAUGACCACAAAAUCUUAAUUGUUCUGAAGAUCCUAAGAAUUCCUACCAUAAAUGUCUUAAAUCAAUUCAUGUGUUAUAUUACGAGGAAUGAGAUACAACUACAAAUGGAAUGAUAUGACCAUGAAUUCUUAAUUGUUCUGAAGAUCUUAAGUUUGUAUAUUUUAAUUAGCCUCCUGACAAUACAAAUUUAAAGAAAACAAAGAAAAUAUGGACCUUCGAUAGUAUGACCUUGUGAUUAGAUACAGUUCUUUAAAUGAAUUAGAGAUUUGAGCUUUAAUACAAAUAUGUAUACCACCCAUAAACUUCCUCAUGUAUUCUGACAUGCAUAAAUGGAAAUUCUGGUUUAGAGUUUUAGACCAGUAAAAUUCCAUUGGUUUUGGUAUUAGUCAUAUAUACGCACAUGAUGUUCAAACAUAUGGUCUGUCUGAAGUGGGAUUAGUAAACACUUUUUCAGAGUUAAUAUUUAUAAUGAGUAUGUUACUAUCGAUUUCUACCACAAUGGUGUGAUUUGGGUGCAAUAAGGUAAUCGUUGGUGGUUAUGCAGGGGGAGUAUUUCAUGGAACAGUUUUCACAGACUAUUGUUAAAAGCUACUGCAAAUCCUUGCACCCGAUUGGCUCAACACUAUUCUAGUCAGUGAAAAUCAUUGAUAAAUCUUAUCAUGAAAUACUCCCCAGAACUAAUGCAUUACAGGUACUGGCAAUUUAUGGAAAUAAAGGAUAUAAUAAAAGCUUGCUGUU